ACAUGGAAAGCCUGGGCUCAAAAUUUAGUGCUCAAAAUCUAAAAUGGUAGUGAAAUAUGCUCCCGCUAAUCUUUCCAAAUUUCCAAAUUUCUUUCCACCGCCCUAGUCAGUAUGUCUUCAGUUUAGUUUGGACUCCACUCAUCCUUCUGCAAGACCGGUGCCGUAAUCGUGCAGUAACUCCUAGAGUUCGCCGCAGACCAGACCUCUCAUCCUUCCGCAACCCUUUGAAGCAGGCGAUCAAAUGGCCGAACGAUGGCAGAGGGAUGCGAGAGGGGCGAGGGUUUUCGGGAAAGAGGGUUUCACGCAGACGGCUUCGACCCCGCGAAGGCAAUUUCUCAGAACCACCAAAGAUUUGAGCGAUAGGUUUUCAGGGCAUCGGCUAAUUUCAGACGCAGGUGUUGCCUAUGGGAGUUCAAAUUGGAGAAGAAUUGCAAGCCCGUGCCGCAAGCCUAAUUUUUUCGAAUCAAGCGGGGAUGAAGCCAAGAUGGGGAUGACAUGAGAGUUUCCCUAUUCCGAAUUACUUGUCUCUAGUUUUGAUUAUCGGUUGGGUGUACACUCGAUGCAUUAGAUGGCUUUCCCUAGAUGUUCCUAUUUAAUUUCUAGAUGGCAUUCCUGACCCAUUUUUUUUGAAGAAGAACUAGGCUUGGUGGCGGUAAAUCCCACUCCAUAUUUGGUAGCUACAAUUUCCAGGUUUGCCGCGGAUAAUUACAGAGAGAAACCUGGAAUUUACAGAU